UUAAUGACGAAAAAUUUUGCGACGAAGUCUAAAUUUGAAACAAUUCAAUUCUUAUUAUGUGUCAGUUGCGAAAAUAUCGAUAACUAAUUUCGAAGCUAUCGAUAGUGCAGGUUAUUUAUAUAUAUCGGCCACCACUAAGUUCCUACAAUCACCACAUUUUUAUUUUUCAUCUUGUGAAAUAUUUUGUAAAUAAAUAUGGAAUAUGUAAAUUUUGGAGCAGGUAUAAAAAAUGAAGGAAAUAACAUUAGGCAAAUUCUUUGCUGUGAAUGUGGGAUUAAAAUAGAGCCCAACUCAGCCAAUAUGUGUGUGACAUGCAUUCGUAAUCAUGUAGACAUCACAGAAAAUAUCCCUAAAUCAGCGGUAUUGCAGUUUUGUCGUAAUUGUGAAAGGUAUUUGCAACCGCCAGAUGAUUGGGUGCAAUGUGGUUUAGAAUCACGCGAACUUUUGGCUAUAUGUGUCAAACGACUAAAAGGGCUUAAAGACGUGAAAUUGGUCGACGCUGGUUUUAUAUGGACAGAUCCUAACUCAAAACGUAUUAAAGUUAAGUUGACAGUAAACGCUGAAGUUUUGAGCGGUACUACUUUACAACAGGUUUUUAUUGUUGAAUAUACUGUUACAAAUCAUAUGUGCAAUGAUUGUCACCGGAGCGAAGCAAAAGAUUUUUGGAAAUAUCUUGUUCAAGUACGCCAACGUUCCGAGAAUAAGAAAACUUUGUAUUAUUUGGAGCAAUUGAUAUUAAAGAGAAAAGCACAUGAUAAUACUUUAGGAAUAAAAUCACAGCAUGGUGGAAUAGAUUUCUUUUAUGCGAGCGAAGUUCAUGCAAGGAAAAUGGUCGAAUUUCUUUCGAAUGCUCUACCUGUUAAAGUAACAAACUCAAAAAGAUUAAUAUCUCACGAUAUCAAAAGUAAUAUUCAUAAUUGCAAGCACACUAUAUCUGUUGAAAUCCCACCUUUAAGUAAAGACAGCUUAGUUUGCUUAGAUAAAACUCAACAAAGGCAGUUCGGGGGUAUCUCUCCUUUGUGUUUAAUUCAUCGUGUAGCAAAAACUAUUCACUUAAUAGAUCCAUUGACCGCUCAGAUUGCUGAAGUUAGUGGUAUCAACUAUAAUAGAUCACCUUUCGAAGCUAUAUGUAAUCCAAACCGUUUAACUGAGUACACCGUAAUGGACAUUGAAAUAAUUUUUGAUAAAGAUAGAAAAUUUUUCCCAGGACAAGGAACUAUUUCUAAUAAGCAUGUCUUAUGUGAUAUAUGGCUGGUUAAAUCUUCCGAAUUGGGAAUCAAUGAUAAUACUAUUCAUACAAAAACACAUUUAGGUCAUCUUUUAAAAGUUGGAGAUAAUGUAUUUGGUUAUAACCUAGAGGAUGCAAACAUAAAUAAUGAUAAAUUUGAAAAAUUAAACAAGGAUCAAAUACCAGAUGUUAUUUUAGUUAAAAAAAGUUAUGGAGAUCGCGAAAGAAGAAACAAAUCCAGAAAUUGGAAAUUAAAACAUAUCUCUAAUGAGGAAGACAAACGAAAACAUGAUUAUGAAGAAUUUCUGGAAGAUCUGGAAGAGGAUGCUGACAUGCGACAGAAUGUUAAUAUAUAUAAGGACAGGAAACAAAUUCCAAUAGAUGAAUUCGAUCAUCCUUCCGAUAACAUUCCACGAAUUACUUUAGCGGAAAUGUUAGAUGAUUUAAAUUUGGAUGACGACGAAAUGGGGGAUGAUAUUUAAAGUUUGAAUACAAUCAAACUUGAAAUUUGAACAUAAUUAAUUAUGAUCCACGCCGUUUCUUAUUUAUUUCUUAAUUAAUUUUAUAACAUGUUUAUUGGGAAAUAAAUAUUAAAACCAAAUGUUUUUUAAAAUAUUGAAA